AUGACGGCGCCCGUGCCGCUCGCAGUGAUGACGCUGCUGCUGACGAUGAUGGCGGCUCGCGGGGCCGCCGCCUCCCAGGCGGUCGUCGUCGCGGCCGGGGGCGGGGGCGCGGGCAGCGAGACGCCGCCCCCAGCCGUGCCGCGCACUCAGCUGGCCGGCCCCCGCGGGGGCGACGACGACUACGACUACGACGAGGAGUACCUGGAAGAGGAGCAGCCCGUGACCGGCACGGCCUCUGGCCUGGGGCAGUACCUGGGCGCGCCGUGCGUCGACGACUGCAGCCCCUCGCUGCCACACACCUUCUGCGACCCCGUGACGCAGGUGUGCGAGUGCGAGAAGCACUACCCCGUCAAGCUGGGCGCCACCAAGGGCUGCGCCAAGCCGGUGCGGCUGGGCGAGCAGUGCUACUACCUGGCGACGUGCACGUACACGGACGCGCACGCCGAGUGCAAGCAGAUCGCCCACAACGCCAUCUGCCAGUGCAAGCCGGGCUACCACGUGGUCGCGCGCCAGCGGCCCACCAAGAAGGUCUUCUGCUCAGAAGACCUGGUGCUGCUGACGACGGACAUGCCAACGCUGUUCGGCGUGGCGACCGGGCUGGCCAUCUUCACAGCACUCAUCUGCUUCGUGCUUAAGCUGUUCAGCAGAGCCAGGUACUCUCGGCCGCGGCACUACGCCAACGCCAACCUGGCGCCGCCCAUCCUCUUCUCCAGCGAGACCGGGAUCCCGCUGGCGGUGCACGGGGCGCGGCCGCCGUCGCGGGCCUCCAGCCAGCGCAGCGCGGGCACCGCCGGCUCCUCGACGGGCGGCUGCGGCUUCGCGCCGCCGCGGCGAGCCUCCAGCGACGGGCUGGUCAGCCUGGCGGGAACGGCGCGCGCGUGCGCGUCGCGCGGCGUCGCGGUGCCGGCGUCGCGGGCAGGUUCCCGGAGACCCAGCCUGGCGUCCAUCCACUCGAGCGCCUCCUCGUCCCGCUCGAUGAGCUUCAGCAUGCGGAAGUUCGAGCGCGAGAACCAGCAGCGCGAGGAGCGGCGGCUGCAGCUGCUGGCCCAGCAGCAGGAGCAGCAGCAGCUGCAGCAGCAGCAGCUGCUGGAGAUCCAGCAGAAGCAGCAGCAGCAGCAGCUGCAGCUGCGCCAGGAGCCGCAGCAGGCGGCGCAGGCGCACCAGCAGGCACCGUCGCCCAGCCCGCGAACGCCCAUGAGCACCGACGAGCUGCUGCCCGCCGUCUCCGAGGAGGCGCUGUACAACUCUGGUUCAUCCAGUGCCAGCAGCAGCCACGUGCAGUCCGCCUACCAGGGGCCGUGCACCUCGACCGAGGCAUCGCGCUAGCCGCUCGCAACACGUCACCCGCACCGCCGAUUCCGCAGAUAGUCUGUCCGCCGGACCUGAAGAGGGCUUACUUCUGCACCCCGUGAGCUCUCCACCCGUCAGAAGACGUAUCUCGGGUGCUUCGUCCAGUUACGUGGCAGAGGUCACUAUGCCUCGACAGUGGCACGUUCUGUAACUCGGAGAGUUACGAGGAGAGUUCGUAGUUUACAGGGCAGGCAGACACAGUACAGUAACUAAGUGUACCGUAAGUCUUUCUGAGAAGCCUUUGACCCCGUGUCAUGUGACAGGGGGUUCUACUUUUGCUAAAGAUAAACUCGACACUUGUGGGACAUUCCAAUAAUUCACCAAAUAAUUCGCAGAUUAUCAUGUGCAGAGGAUAAAUGCCAUUAAAACUUUACACACUUCCAGUGCGAUGUACAUCAGAUUUUCAGUGGCUCGUUUCACUUCUCGAGAACAUGCGACAGACUCGUCACCCUUAACAGUUACGCUUCAGUCCAGGAGAUAACCCACAUAUACACCGAGGUCUAACACUGCAUCAGUGACAAAUUGUGCAACUUUUAUGGAUUUGUGUAACAUAAUUUUUGAGAAGAUAUUUCUUUUGACCAUAAUGACUAUAUCGGGGAUUCUCACAUUCUAUGUUUAAAGGACUUUCCAUUGAACUAUGAAUGCUAACAUUCUGU